AUGCCACCCAAGAAGUCUCGCUCUAUAUCUCCUGCAAGCGAGCGCCGUGAACGCCUGACAUUGGCAAAACUGGCCAGCUAUGACGAUGUCGCAACGGAUGCGCUAGUCGAUCAUGCUUAUUUCUGGACCACUACGCGCAAGAAUCGCACUAAAUAUAGCCCUGCCCGCGGGAUCCACGAUGACGAUGUAGGGCGCAUCCUCCUUCACGAUGUGGUUGUUGCCAAGGACGUCCCACAAGGUGAACGCAAGUUGUUGGAAUUGCCAGGGCUGAGGAAGUACAUGGCAAAUCUGCCUAGUCCUCGCGAGAAAGAGUGGUUUCGUCGCCAUCUCCGAAAGUACGUGCAGAUGUACCACCCGGACUGUCCGUUCGAGGUUACCACGACCAACCGGUAUAUCAUCACACAACACGAAGCCGCUAUAUGCGCCCGCAAGUUCAUUAAAUCGGGUCAAGAGAUCAAGUUUCUGAGUGGAACUCUUGUAUCUAUGACCAAAGAGGAAGAACUGGAUCUUGGCUUGACGCGGAAGGAUUUCAGUGUGGUGAUGUCCAGUCGGCGGAAGACUCCCUCAUUUUUCCUCGGACCCGCUCGCUUUGCCAACCACGACUGUGAUGCUAAUGGUCGCUUGGUGACUCGGGGCACAGAGGGUAUGUCUGUGAUGGCUACGCGCAAUAUCUACGAGGGAGAAGAAAUUACUGUUUCAUAUGGAGAGGAUUAUUUUGGUAUCGAUAAUUGUGAAUGUUUGUGCUUGACUUGUGAACGUGGCGCCCGUAACGGUUGGGCGCCACAACCACAGGACGAUUCGGAUACGAACAGCAAGGAGUCGACCCCCGUCUCGAUGGAUGAAGAGGCCACAGAAAUUCCCAGCAAAAAACGCCGUCGUGAUUCUGACUUGGAUGUGGAAGAUACACCACCCACAAUAUCUUCUUCUCCACGCAAGAAGGCCAAAUUCCGGCGUCAAAUCUCCAAGCUCCGGGAAGAAAUCUCUCUCACGGAGAUCACCGCGACUCCGGAGACUGACCUUCCUUCUACACCUGGCUCUGAUUUCGAUUCCUCUAUCGUCGUGACUCCCAUUGGAAACCGAAAGUCUAAGCUGAGACAAGAGUUGAUUGUCGAUAACAUCUCCGAAUCAGUACAAACUAUCUUGGGAUCUGACCAGUCUGGUUUCCCGGUGAUUACUAGCCAGGCUGCGCCUAUCGAGUCUAUCGAGACCACUAUUGUGACCACAAUAUCCUCCGUCGAUUGUGAAUCCCCUGGAUCUGCUACAGGGGAAUCCCACAGGUCAUCCAGAUCGAGUGCUGCUACUUCGGUGAUCGAACCAGGUCUAAAGGCCCGGAUUGAUUGUCUUGAGACUGACCAGGAUACUUCCGAAACUCCUACAGACCAGCCAGAUAUUACUCGAACCUUGAGCAAUGAUGACCCCGACUUGGCGUCGGACGUAUCUCAAUCUAUUGAGCCUGACGAGACCCUUGCAAAUGUUACCGACAAGCCCAAGGUUCGCCGAACCCGCCGCAAAUGGAAGAUCAUCGCUUCCGUCGAGGACAAGACGCCCAUCGUGCGAGCUCCCGGCGACUAUACUAAAACUUCACGACUCCUCGCCCAGAAAUACGACCGCUGGGUGGAAUGCUUAACAUGCGAUUCAUGGUUUGUCCAAUCCAACUCAUACCAGACCCGCCGUGAGUGUCCUCGCUGUGAGCGACAUUCCAAACUAUAUGGAUUUCAGUGGCCAAAGACGGACAAAGGGAACGAUGGCGAAGACCGGGUUAUGGAUCACCGAACAAUUCAUCGUUUCAUCUCCCCAGAGUCCGAGGCUCGCGUGUCACGCCGUGACCGAGGCAUCAGCUUUGGUAUCACCCCAACUCCUGAACUCUCGGAUACUCGCACCGAGACAGAGGCUAGUGAGGCUCUCGAGCCUCGUCGCAACACCCGUGCGAGCCGCCGCCUAACCCGAGAAUUGCGGUUGACGAUGUAA